AGCAACAAGAAAGUUCAACAUGACAACGGUGUGGGCAGCCUUCCUUGCUUGCAGCUUCUUGUGCACGAGUUCCCAGCAUAUUUACUCAAAAGAAAACGAUCGAUGUGCAACUAAUGAAGAGACAAUGAUGCCGAUUCGAGAACUUGUGAUCCAGCAGGAUGGGAUCCAAAAAUCUGUAGAUUCCCUCAGGCAGAUGAUAAAGAGACUCGAGGAUGAUGUUACUAAUAUCAAGAGUGCUAUGGUUAUUCCCAAAGACUGUAAGGAUCUUCAUCUACAUGGACACAAAAAAUCGGGGGUGUAUGCUAUUUACCCCUAUGGGACCAUUAUCAGCCAUGUCCUUGUUUACUGUGACAUGACGACAAUGGGCGCUGGAUGGACGGAAAUCCAAAAACGAAUUAGUGGAUCCAUGGACUUUAACAGGACCUGGACGGAAUAUAAAAAUGGUUUUGGUGCCGCAGAACAGGAUGUCUGGGUUGGAAAUGACAUGUUCCAUCAAUUAACGAAAGAAAACACCUCAUCCCUGUAUGUGUCCAUCACUCUCCAGAAUGGUACAACGCUGUAUGAAAUGUAUGAUGUAUUCUCUGUCUCCGACGAAGCUGGAAAAUAUCAAUUCUAUCUUGCAGGACCUGCCAUGGGAACCUUGGGUACCAGUAUGAUAGACACCGGGGAUUCUAGGACUGAACUAAAAAAAAUAGUGUCACUCUUUCCAGCACCUUAA